GCAACGAGGAAAAACACGGCAAACACUGAUUCUGGAAAGGACAAAGUUUUCAUCCUGGACCUGGAAGGACACACGGGAACUUUUUUUAUUAACACGCUGCGAUGCCAGCGCUCUGCGGUGGGGGAGUUUAGGAUCCGUGGUUUUUAAAGAGCUGGAACCAGCAGAGAUUUUUCUUUGGUGAAAUCUAACGUGAAAGCUGGAUUUUCAGCACAAACAUGACGCACAAGUACAGCCAGCGGUCUCUCAUUGUCCUGUCUCUGCUGGGGAUUUUAUCCGCCAUCAUGUCUGUUUUAUCGGUCACCUUGAUUUUCCAGCUCCACUCUCAACGGGCGUCCGUGAAGGACUCUCCCCCCUCCACGUCCACGCUGAUGCCCGCUCAUGUGUGGACCGUCCUGCUGCCGGUGUCCACGGUUCUCUGUGCUCUGUCCCUCACCCUCCAUCUCUGCUCUGUGGUGGUUUGUCUCCUGCACAGUUACUUCUGCACAGAAGUCUGCAGAGGAGAGCAGGACACUGACAGAGCAGACUGGUUCCUUUUAGACAGCAGAGCUGUUCGACACGUGGCUGUUGGACUGUUCUGCCUGGGUGUUUCUGUUUAUCUGGCAGCAAUGUCCAUCUUCAUGCUCCUAACAUUUGAGGUGGAGACGGGUAUAGCCAGUGCCUGUGUCCUCGCUUCAGGAAUCCUGAUUUUGCUGCUGGUUGUAAUCCACUCUCUGGUCAAAGCUGCCUGUAGCAGUAAGCACUAUCACAGAGACCACCUCGACACGCUCUUCCAGAACGACCAUGGAAGAGGCAACACGCCCGUGUCUCGGCCCUGCGAGCUCAAUAUCGGCGUGGACAAACCACGAAUGCACCGCAGCCAGUCUCACCUCCAACAUCAGCUCUCCUACACUCAGCGAGAGCAAUACCAGCAACAGCAGUGUUCUCCUGCUAGAGGCUCACAGGGCCUUGCUAGUGACAAAGAUGGCUACAGCAGCGGUGGAAGCUGCCCCCGAAUGCACAGGACCCUGUCUACUGAAUCUGGUAUACUACAGUCCCAGGCUAAACCCUGGAAUGGAGUCAACAAUGAGAUGAGGAGUGUCCUUGCUCGCAAGUCAGGGAUUUCUGCUAAAGAUUCUACUCUUGUGUGACAGAAAGAAAGCUGAUCUUUUGAGUAAACCAAUAGGUUACGGCACUGGUGACUUUCAUGUACAGUAUAUCAAAAAACACUAUAGACAACAGUCAUUUCAAAUGUACCUGUCAAUCUGUAGUGUCUUGCACUCAUGCUUAUUCUUACUGAUUAUAGACAACACUGAACCAAGAUUGACAAACAUUUC